UCGCAAUUGCAGUUUCAAGGUCAGCCACCGCAGCCAUUGCCACACCCACCGCCAAAGGAUGCGCCGGCCAGCAUGUAAACACUGAGGGCAAAGUGCAAAUUUGGAUGCACAGCGAACGCUAAAGAGGCCUAACAACAACACACAGUAAGCGACUGAGCGAGAGGGAGGGAUUGAGAGAGAGAGAGAGAGAGAGAGAGAGAGAAAGAGGUAUAUUGGGUGCACGAGCCUGACCUUGGCUCUGGCUUUCGGCUGUGGCACAGCCACAAACGCAACCCGUGGCGCAGGGCAGUGUCCGGCUGGCCUCGCUAGUGCCGCGAUCGCCGUACUCGGCAACGUCGCCCGGACAGGCACAACCAGAGAUUCGAACGGUUGGCAGCAACAUGGAUCGCAGCAUGAGCAGCAGCAAGAACAACAGCACCGAGUUUGGGCACAAUGCGGCGGCAACAUCGGCGUCAACGGCAACGGCCACACCGUGGGGCAACGACAAGGAGUCGCCCAACAAUGAGGAUGACUCCAACGAGGAUGAUGGCGACACUGCGACACCUGCCAAAGUCACCGAUCCGCUGGCGCCGCGUUUGGCCAACAAUGAGCGCGUUUUGGUCGUUUCCGUGACGGAGCGACAACGCGAGACUUGGGGCCAAAAGGCCGAGUUCCUGUUGGCCGUCAUCGGCUUUGCCGUCGAUCUGGGCAACGUCUGGCGCUUUCCCUACAUCUGCUACCAGAAUGGCGGUGGUGCCUUUCUGGUGCCCUACUGCGUCUUUCUCAUCUUUGGCGGCCUGCCGCUGUUCUAUAUGGAACUGGCCCUGGGUCAGUUCCAUCGUUGCGGCUGCCUUAGCAUCUGGAAGCGCAUUUGUCCGGCCUUGAAGGGUGUUGGCUAUGCGAUUUGUCUGAUCGACAUCUAUAUGGGCAUGUACUACAACACGAUUAUUGGCUGGGCAGUGUAUUAUUUAUUCGCCUCAUUUACCUCAAAAUUGCCGUGGACAUCGUGCGAUAAUCCGUGGAACACACUAAACUGUAUGCCCGUGACCAACGAGAAUUUCACGGAGCUGGCCACGUCGCCAGCCAAGGAGUUUUUCGAGCGUCGUGUUUUGGAGAGUUACAAGAGCAACGGCUUGGAUUUCAUGGGUCCCGUCAAGCCCACACUGGCGCUCUGUGUCUUUGGCGUAUUCGUGCUCGUCUAUUUCUCGCUAUGGAAGGGUGUGCGUAGCGCCGGCAAGGUCGUCUGGGUUACCGCCCUGGCACCCUAUGUGGUGCUCAUCAUUUUGCUGGUGCGCGGCGUCUCGUUGCCCGGCGCCGAUGAGGGCAUCAAGUAUUAUCUGACGCCCGAAUGGCAUAAGCUGAAGAACUCCAAGGUGUGGAUCGAUGCUGCCUCACAGAUCUUUUUCUCACUGGGUCCCGGCUUUGGCACGCUGCUCGCCCUGUCUAGCUAUAAUAAAUUUAAUAACAAUUGCUACCGAGAUGCGCUCAUAACCAGCAGCAUUAAUUGUCUGACUAGUUUUCUAGCCGGAUUCGUUAUCUUUUCGGUGUUGGGCUACAUGGCCUAUGUGCAGAAGACAUCGAUCGAUAAGGUGGGCCUGGAGGGGCCGGGGCUUGUCUUCAUUGUCUAUCCCGAGGCCAUAGCCACGAUGAGUGGUUCGGUCUUUUGGAGCAUCAUAUUCUUUUUGAUGCUCAUCACACUGGGACUGGAUAGCACCUUUGGCGGCCUGGAGGCGAUGAUAACAGCCCUGUGUGAUGAGUAUCCACGUGUGAUUGGCCGAAGACGUGAGCUAUUCGUGCUGCUGCUGCUCAUGUUCAUCUUUCUGUGCGCUCUCCCCACAAUGACCUAUGGCGGUGUUGUUUUGGUCAACUUUUUGAAUGUCUACGGACCCGGUCUGGCCAUACUCUUUGUGGUAUUCGUCGAAGCUGCGGGCGUAUUUUGGUUUUAUGGCGUUGAUCGCUUCAGUUCGGAUGUGGAGCAAAUGUUGGGCUCUAAGCCGGGCAUCUUCUGGCGCAUCUGUUGGACCUAUAUAAGUCCAGUAUUCUUGCUGACCAUAUUUAUAUUCUCGAUACUGGGCUAUAAGGAAAUGCUUGGCGAGGAGUUCUACUAUCCGCCGUGGAGCAUUCAGGUGGGCUGGGCCGUUACCUGUUCAUCGGUAAUGUGUAUACCCAUCUACAUGAUAUACAAAUUCUUCAUUGCGUCGAGGGGCAACUGCAAGCAGCGAAUGCAACAGUCGUUCAAGCCGGACGUGAGUUGUGGUUCGGUUGUGCCGGGUCAACAGGGCACUUCGGUGUGACAUGACAAUGCUGUGCAUUUGAAUAUACACACCAGCAGAAACUAUAAUUUAAAUUGUAAAAGCUUUUCACCAACAACAACAACAACAACAACAACAAAAUUAACAGCAACAGCCAAUAAAACAACAUCAGAUGUUGGCAGUAGCAGUAAUAAACUGCUGGAUUUCAACAGUUACUACGCUUACCACACAAAUAAUCUUAGCUACAUGGAGGCAGACGCGGGAGUCGCAUUCGAUGCGGAUGUGGAGGAGAAGGACCGGUUGGCAAACACAAACUUACGGAAUAGCAAUGAUAUUAUUACAUAUAGUGCUAGUGCUAGUCUUAGCCAUAGUUUAAGUCUCGGCUCGGUCAACGAGAAAAGCUAUCCAACAACUGCUGCCGAGGACAAUAACUGCGCCCUGAGGAUCACCAGCUGCAAGCCGCUCAAAUUUCCCCUGGCCAGUGAGUGGUUGGUUUAAACAACAUGAUGUUGAAGAAGGUGACACAAUUGUUAUAAUACAAAUAAAUCUCUGCAAACAGCCAUUUGCAGAGGUUUUCUUUUUGGCCAGCUGCUCACGUUACAUUUUAUACUGCAAGUAUUUAUCGUAUAAAGUUAUAAUAAUUGUAAUUGUAAUACCGUAUACCGAUUGUUAGUGCACAACUCAUUGUUUAAACUAGCCUAAAAUACUCGCCAAAUCUACAAGCUAUCUAAAACUUACAACUUACUAUAUAUAUAUAUACAAUAUCAAAAAUAUUAACUAAGUAUUAUUGUAGUUCAGUAAAGAAGAGUAAUUCAAGCUGUUCCAUUUUCUAUUAGAAUAUAGUUAAAUAAUAAUUGUAUAAUGUGAAAGUAAAUUGGUAAAAAAUGCUUUUUAAUAGCAUUAUCGCAAGGUAA